AUGAACUCUGGAAAAUUCUGGUGUGUUCUGCAACCCGUUCUCAUUCUUACUCUGCCGCUGUCUUAUCCGGUGUCUGACAGCAGUGUCUCUCUUGUGCCAAUAGGACAGCCCUCCCCAGAGAAUGAUAAUACAAUAAAAGACCUGCUGCCGGAGGACGCUGGCAUCGAUCACCAGACUGUCCACCAGCUCAUCACAGUGCUGAUGAAGUUCAUGGCGAAGGACGAGAGCAGCGCAGAGUCAGACAUCAGCAGCGCUAAGGCCUUCAACACAGUCAAGCGCCACCUCUACGUCCUGCUCGGCUAUGACCAGCAGGAGGGAUGCUUCAUGAUUGCACCACAAAAAAUGCGUGUUUCAACCUGCUUUAAUGCCUUUAUUGCUGGAAUACCACAAGUAAUGGACUAUAACAUCAACCUGGGAAAACACCUUCUUCCCUUGGUGGUUCAGGUGUUGAAAUAUUGCACCUGUCCUCAGCUCAGGCAUUACUUUCAGCAGCCUCCUCGCUGCUCCCUCUGGUCCCUCAAGCCUCACAUUCGGCAGAUGUGGUUAAAAGCUUUGCUUGUCAUUCUCUAUAAGUACCCCUACAGAGACUGUGAAAUCAGCAAGAUUGUACUUCACCUAAUCCACAUCACAGUCAAUACCCUCAACGCUCAGUAUCACAGCUGCAAGCCCCAUGCAACUGCUGGUCCUUUGUAUAGUGACAACAGUAACAUAAGCCGAUACAGUGAAAAGGAAAAAGAGGAAGAUAGUGUUUUUGAUGAAUCUGAUAUUCAUGAUACACCAACUGGACCUUGUAAUAAAGAAUCUCAAACUUUCUUUGCAAGGCUGAAAAGAAUUGGUGGCAGCAAAAUGGUGAAAUAUCAACCAGUUGAGAUGAAUGCUCAGAGAAGUGAAAUAGAGCUGGCUGAAUAUAGAGAGACGGGGGCCUUACAAGACAGCAUUCUGCGCUGUGUGAGAGAAGAAAGCAUUCAGAAAAAAAAACUGCGCUCUCUAAAACAAAAAUCUCUUGAUAUAGGGAAUGCAGACUCCCUGUUGUUUGCCUUAGAUGAGCACCGCAGGAAGUCCUGCAUAGACCGCUGUGACUUGGACAGACCUCCUGUCCCUGCCGCCCAUGCCACGCACAGGCAGAGCGACUAUGGGCGCUCGCGGCAGAACUCUUCUACUAAAGCUGAGCAUGUAGAGGCGCAAGAACAUCUUCCUCGUACAGAGAGUUUCCAGGAAACAAGAAGACCUGUCAUACCAGAAGUUAGGCUAAACUGCAUGGAAACGUAUGAAGUGAAAGUGGACUCUCCAGUGAAACCUGCUGGUCCUAAGGAAGAUUUAGAUCUGAUAGAUUUGUCCUCUGACUCAACAUCGGGUCCUGAAAAGCAUUCGGUACUCUCCACUUCAGACAGUGACUCUUUAGUCUUUGAGCCACUUCCGCCCCUUAGAAUAGUGGAGAGCGAUGAAGAAGAAGAAACAACAAACCAGCUGAAUGCUGGGGUCUCUGGCAAAACUGCUGCAUCAUCUCCCUCAAGCCCUAUCAAUGUCUCUGCACUCAGCCUCAGCACAACUCCGCUCGUCCAGUUCAGCAUUGAAGAUUGCUCCAAAGACUUUAGUUCUAAGGAUACAAGCAACAGUGCUUCAGCAGGAAUAGAGGAGUUCCUUUCUACCUCUCCCAAAGAUCAAAACAACUCUUCAGAGUCAGUUAAGCCAGAAGGACUUCAGGACAUGUCCAGUGGGAACCCACUAACACUGAAACAGAAAAGGGACCUGCUGCAGAAGUCAUUUGCCCUUCCAGAAAUGUCCCUUGAUGAUAACUCUGAGCUCAGCAUGGAGGAAAUUAAACCUAGUGGAGCAAUUCCAAGCCCAAAUGUAAAGACAGUCCUCAUUAAAGUCCCUGAAGAUUCUGAAAACCAAACAGAAAGUAGUAGACUUGACACCAACACAGAAUCUGACAAUGAGCAAAACAUGGAGCAGAAACAAGAAGAGGAGACUGAGGAGUCAGAAUUUAAGAUUCAAAUUGUUCCUCGCCAGAGGAAGCAGAGGAAGAUUGCUGUGAGUGCUAUUCAGAGAGAAUACCUGGACAUUUCCUUUAACAUCCUUGACAAGCUGGGAGAGCAGAAGGAGGCAGAUCCUGCUGCCAAAGGACUUUCAACACUAGAAAUGCCAAGAGAGUCAUCGUCUGCACCGACCCUUGAAGCAGGUGUCCCAGAGACAAGUAGUCACUCUUCCAUAUCAACUCAGUUCAGACAAAUGAAAAGAGGCUCUUUGGGAGCUCUGACAAUGAACCAGCUAAUGAAGAGACAGCUGGAACACCAGUCUAGUGCUCCCCACAAUAUCAGCACUUGGGAUACUGAGCAGAUACAGCAUGGAAAGCGGCUGUGCAAUGUCCCUGUUUGCUUAAACCCCGACUUGGAGGGACCACCACUGAGAAUCAGAGGUGCCACAAAAUCUAGCUUGCUGUCAGCACCCAGUAUAGUCAGUAUGUUUGUACCUGCACCAGAAGAAUUUGCUGAUGACCAGCCCAUUUUGAUGACUGACAAGUGCCAUGACUGUGGGGCUAUUCUUGAAGAAUAUGAUGAAGAAACACUAGGCCUGGCCAUAGUUGUUCUCUCAACCUUCAUUCACCUUAGUCCAGACUUGGCUGCUCCUUUGCUGUUGGACAUUAUGCAGUCUGUAGGAAGGUUGGCAUCAAGUACCAGUUUUUCUAACCAAGCAGAAAGCAUGAUGAUCCCUGGAAAUGCUGCAGGUGUGGCCAAGCAGUUCCUCCGUUGUGUGUUCCAUCAGCUGGCUCCCAACGGCAUCUUCCCACAGCUCUUCCAGAGCAAUAUUAAAGAUGGAAGUUUUUUACGGACCUUGGCCACAUCUCUUAUGGACUUUAGUGAGCUGAGUUCCAUCGCUGCACUGAGCCAGCUGUUAGAGGGUUUGAACAACAAAAAGAACUUGCCAGCAGGGGGUGCGAUGCUACGCUGUCUGGAAAAUAUUGCUACUUUUAUGGAAGCCUUGCCGAUGGAUUCACCCAGCAACCUCUGGACCACAAUUAGUAACCAGUUUCAGACCUUCUUUACUAAACUCCCUUGUGUUUUGCCACUUAAGUGUUCUUUAGAUUCUAGUUUAAGAAUCAUGAUUUGCUUGUUGAAGAUACCUACCACUAGUGCCACCAGGAGUCUUCUGGAGCCUUUUUCAAAAUUAUUAAGCUUCGUAAUUCAGAAUGCUGUCUUCACUCUGGCCUACCUGGUGGAACUGUGUGGUUUGUGCUACCGAGCCUUCACUAAGGAAAGGGAUAAAUUCUACUUGACGCGCAGUGUCAUACUGGAGUUACUGCAGGCACUCAAGUUAAAGUCACCCUUACCAGACAUGAAUCUGCUGCUGUUGGUGCAGUUUGUUUGUGCAGAUGCUGGCACAAAACUAGCUGAGUCAACAAUCUUGCAUAAACAGAUGAUUGCCUCUAUGCCUGGAUGUGGAACAGCAGCAAUGGAAUGCAUGAGGCAAUAUGUUGGGGAAGUGCUGGAUUUCAUUGCAGAUAUGCAUACAUUAACCAAAUUAAAGAGUCACAUGAAGACUUGUUCUCAGCCACUGCAUGAAGACACUUUUGGUGGACAUCUGAAAGUUGGUUUAGCUCAGAUUGCUGCUAUGGAAAUCACACGGGGAAACCACAGAGACAACAAAGCUGUGAUCCGAUAUUUGCCUUGGCUUUACCAUCCUCCUUCUGCAAUGCAACAAGGGCCCAAAGAGUUCAUAGAGUGUGUUUCACACAUUCGUUUGCUGUCCUGGCUACUUCUGGGGUCUCUGACACACAAUGUUGUCUGUCCAAAUUCUCCAUCAUCUUGCAUGCCUAUUCCACUGGAUGCAGGUUCACAAAUUGCUGACCACCUUAUUGUUAUUCUGAUUGGGUUUCCAGAGCAAUCAAAGACAUCUGUUCUGCACAUGUGUUCCCUCUUCCAUGCAUUUAUAUUUGCUCAGCUCUGGACAGUGUAUUGUGAACAAACAGCAGUAGCUCCAACAGUCCAAAAUCAGAACGAAUUUAGCUUUACAGCAAUCCUUACAGCCCUGGAGUUCUGGAGCCGGGUGACACCUAGCAUCCUACAGCUAAUGGCACAUAACAAAGUGAUGGUGGAAAUGGUGUGCCUGCACGUGAUCAGUUUAAUGGAGGCUUUACAGGAGUGCAACUCUACUAUCUUUGUAAAGCUCAUACCAAUGUGGUUGCCAAUGAUACAGUCUAAUCUAAAGCACUUAUCUGCUGGACUCCAGCUACGCCUCCAAGCUAUCCAGAGCAAUGUCAACCAUCACAGCCUAAGGAUGUUACAGGGGUCAGGACAAAUGAACAACAGCUCCUCUGUGCUCCGCAAAUGGCUACAGUGUACCCAGUUUAAAAUGGCUCAAGUGGAAAUUCAGUCAUCAGAAGCUGCUUCUCAAUUUUAUCCUUUAUGAUUCAUUUAAUUUGUUCUAAAUGUUUGUUUUUAGCCUAGCAAUAACAGGAAGAGAGCUGUUAAAAGACCUUUUGUAUAAAUCAAUAUACAGAGUAUAUACUGUAUCUAUACUUUUUAGCCUAGAACAGAUUGUGCAAAAGCUUAUCAUGGGUGAAGCCAAAAGCCUGAUCCUGCCAGUCUUUAGUUACACUUAGGAUCAACAGGUUCUCAAGUUUGCAUCCGUGAAUGUGUAUUUGCAGGAUUGGACUCAAUUCUAUCCCGUUGUACAUAUCUCUCCGAUCAUUGAAAUAUCUUGUUCUCAAACGUUUCUUUAUUUUUGAAGCUACAACAAAUAUCACUUUUCUUUAACUUCUAUUUUUUUUAAAAAUAGAAUUGUGGGUAUUCACAAACAUGGAAGUGCUAUGUUGCUAUUUUUUGAUGAUAACAAAAGAAAACAGGGUUUUUAGGAACCUUUAUAGGAGUAUUUUGGGGGGGGUUCUCUUUUUUUUUUUUUUUUUUAUUUUUAGAUUCACAGCUGGCAAUGCAAUAAAACCUGUCUCUAUAAAACAGUGAUGUUCUAAUGAGGCUUUUCGUCAUCGUCUUCUGGGAAAACAGCAGCUUGUAAGGAGAGUUAUUAUAAAGUGCACUUAGAAAUUAGGUUGUUAAACUGUGCCAAUUCAUUUGUCUUUUUUCUUCAGUACUGUUUUACAAAACUGAGAAGUAUGAUUUGUUAUUUUUUGAAAUAGUGCUUUUACUGCAUUGAUUUUGUGCUGCUCUUCUUUGUAGGUUUCAUAGAAGCCUCUUUAAUUUUGUGACUACUGUAUUGUAUUCUCCUGUCAAUACUUGUAUACAGUGCAAUUAAAAAUGGAUAUCCCAGACAUACUCUUA